AAGGAUUCUCACGCAGAAACAUCCAGGAUGAGGACCAUCUUGUUACGUUUGACGGUCAUCGGAAUGAUUUGCUCGUGGGCAUUACCCGACAGUCAGUUGGGUGUGCGGAAGAGAGAGACGGCGUACAGAUACUGUGGUCCAAACCUCGCCAACAUCUUGAGGCUAAUUUGCAAUGGCUCUUACCACACCGACGAGGACUGGAAAAGAAACGGUGGCUCCAUCCAAAAGAAGCAAGAACACGAUAAGGAACUCGAUUUUUGGACUCCUCCAGAAGCCGCAAUGGAACAGUUCCCGUUCAGAACCUGGUGGAUGGCAAACCAGUUCUCGAACAGAGUCUUCCGCCGCCAGAGAAGAGACGCUGGAAUUGUCGAGGAAUGUUGUGUGUUCAAAGGCUGCACGAUCAGCGAACUGUCCGAGUAUUGCGCUGAAAGUUAGACGGCGACAUAGCCAGCAAUUUUGACAAUCGCUGCGGUUUGUGACCAGGUCUAAUCGGAAAGAACCAAAGCUGGUGUUAUGACGCAUUUGUAAUUAAAUAAGCUUAUAUCAUA